UUACCUCUUUACAUGGCAAUGUUACCAGAAUGGCAGACCCAAAGGGGAGUAAUAAAGUCCUUCCUCUUAGCUUUUACACAAGUUCUUUAGGGCUGGUUUAGGGACUUUUCCAUUUUUCACACAUUACCCAUGUCAUGCCCACGAGUUUAAUAUUUAAAAACCUCAAAGUCAGCUCCUUUACUGUAUUUAUGAUCUACUGAUUGUAUCUUGUCUCUGCUGUUGUAUCCUCUUCCCUCUCGGCUGCUAUUUCAUUUCCCCAAAUGUUCAGAGGACCCAGAUCAGAGACUUCCUGUGUGUGCGAGGCGGGGGUGAGGCAAGACCCAAAGGGGAGCAGAAUGCACCCGGACUACAGACAGCUGUGACCCAAAUCCUGCAGAAUCUCGCCAAGGGACGGAGAAUAUCCACGAGCUUGCGGAAACAAAGGAAACAUAAAGAACUUUGGACACAAGACAAAUUGAGACUUGGUCUGUAAAACUCCAAAGAAAGAAAAUCUAAGGCUGAGAGACAGGUGCCAAGGAAAGUCUUCAACUUAAAAUGGAGAUACAAGUUAUCACCUUCAUCUCUUGGCUUCUCUUCCUCCAGAUGGGUCCAUCUCUGACAUCCCCUCAAAUACAGAUGCAGAUGUGGACAACAGUUGGGGCGAGUGUCAUAAUGCCAUGUAACAUGAACACUAAUGGGGAUUUUACAUGGAAAAAGAAUGGAGUGACCUAUGCAAGGAGACUGAACUCACAAAUGAAUUACGGAUCUCUUGCCGAAUCCAGUCGCAUCAGCUUCCCGCAUGAAACAAAACUAAAGAACUACUCCAUGCAACUGGUCAAUAUUAAGCUCAAUGAUUUUGGCAAAUACUCCUGUGAUGAGAAAUUGAUUAUUAAUCUUGUCAUCUUUGACAUUUCUGUGUCGCCCUCCACUAAUCUAAUGGCGUCGGAAAACCUUACUCUGAGCAUUAACUCUGCUCCCGAAAACAUGAUGGGUCUCCGGAUCACAUGGGAAACACCCAGAAGGGGGAAAAUUGAGGAUAAACAUUGGAUAACGGUGGCGAAUGUUCAGAUUAAUGACGGUGGGACGUAUAACUGCCAUUUAUUGAUCGAUGGGGAAAACAAAGCCACAUUCUCACGACACAUCAGUGUGUCAGGAUUUUAUCCAUCUUCAGAAAUAAUCUAUAUCUCAGAGGAUUCCCCUGCCUUGAUCCCUUGGGUGUUUAAUUUCAAUGUGCGGGAGACUGCCGUAAGAAACAAGAUUUCUGCAGUAAGUGGGUCGAUCUCCUACUCAAAUGAUAAGAGCAGCUCUCCAUCUCUCGUCUCUUCUCUGACUGUCGAUUCUGGUGGUGCCUGCUGGCCGGAGCGUUGUGCGGAAAGCAAAAAAGAGCAGCCGGAUAACCUGAGCUUCCACCAUCUCAAGCCCAAGGCGGGUUGGUACCACCUGGAGAUCCAGCUGGAGCAGGAAAAGAGGUUAACGAAGUUGGCAAUGGACGUGUGUCUGGUGAAGCUCACAGUUUCAGAUGUCCCCCGCCAACUCCUGAUGGAAGCCGAAGUGACGUUAACAUGCCAGGCAAGCUGUGCCAAUGACAAUAGCACUCUUUACUGGCACCAUGAGAACAGUAACACCGUGAAGCACGGCCAGCGGGGCAAGCCAGUCGUGUUCUGGACUAUUACUGCUGUGCCAGAAUUCAUGGGGGUGUGGAUCUGCAGCGUCCGUAUUGGGGGCAAGAUCAUGCUGAGCACUAAUGUGACCUUGGAGUUAGAAGCCACUUUUCUAAAAAGCCAAUCAUUAGUGUGGGUGCUGGUCGGGGGAGGAGCCAUCCUGCUUCUCGUCGGCAUGGUGACAAUCGUUAUUCUGGCGGCGCGGUGCCGCAGAAAGCGCCGGGCGAGACGAGGGGCUUGGAUCUUAAUGAAUCUGGACCAGCAGAGAAGGUGUCAGUGUAAAGGAUUUGCACCAAUGAGACUGAGAGAGAAAGACUGAGUGCCCAGCCAUUAACCCCUUGCUUCCCAGAAAGCAGCAGACCUUUGCUUCACUCUUCUAACUGGAUCGUGAGUCUGCCAGUGACCCGCAGAGCGUCCAUUCAUUAACUACUGGAGUGCUACUCCUUGAACUUGAAGACAAAACUGAAUUCAAUUAACUCUUCCUAAACCAGAGGGAAACCACUGUGUCUCUGCCAUUAACCCUCCUGGGGAUCUGCAGGGUUCCGUUAACCAUUUCCCAGACAUUGCCCUGGAGGACAGACUGCCGGUCUGCAGAGCAUUAGCCCAUCCCAUUGCAGAGCAUCGCUGCGCUGUGCUGUUUAGUGAAGAGGACUCCAUACCUGCUUCGAACUGAUCACUCAUCUCCUCUAUGUUUAAAGUUGAAAUAAUCAGCGCUAUGACAGUAUAAUAACCCUUAUAAGUUGAUAACUGAUUUUGUACAGUUAGUUUUAUUUGCAUUGGUUAUGCUACACUGCCACCUGCUGGCCAUAGCUGGUAAAUAUAAUUGUAUAUUGUAUAAUUGUAAGCUCUGCUGGCAACAUGCUAAGACAAAUAGCUUUCUGCCUCAGAUCGCAGUUCACUUGUAUCCACUAUAAAGAACAGCGCCAUCUACAGGCUGCAAGCGGAGAACUCACAUUAUUUCUUUGCCUGAAAAUUUGUAAAAUACAAGAAAUAUCAGCUGUAAA